UUUUUCAGAAUUUUUUUUCAGAAUUUUUUUUCAGAAUUUUGUCUUUUAUUUUUGCAUAUUUUUAUUUUUUCUUGUAUUUUUUUAAAUUUUUUAAAAAUUUAUUAUUUCCGGAAAUUACACUUGUAUUUUCCAAAAAUAAAUUUUUAUUUUGCCGGAAAUGCCUUUAAAAUUACCCGACUUUUUUUGUGUUUUGCUUUUAAAUUUUUGCACUUUUAAAUUUAUUUUUACAAAAUUCCACUCCACACUAUUUUUAAUAAUUUAAGCGCGCGACUUGCUCUCACAUCUGGCUACCGCCCACAAGCUUGUAAAUGGCCAAGACAACAACAACAACAACAACAACAUGUUUCCUAAUAAACAGGCACAGACAGACACCCCCUCCCAACAAUCCUCCCCUUGCAACAGCGUUUUUUCUGCUUCAACAGAUUUAAAAUCCUCAAAUAAUUUGCCAGAAAUUUUGGCUAUUGAACUCAAAAGACUCCGAAAAACAUUUUUUAAUUCAAAAAAUAAUGAAGAAAAUGGGGGCCAAUUAAAUUUAAAUAAUUCCGGGAGUCUUGUACGCGUCGAACAAAUUUUGGGGCAGCUCGAUUCGCGUGUUUGUCGGCUUGAAAAACAGGUGGAAAUGGCAUUGAAUAGGUAAGAGUUGAUGGAAUAUUCUGUUAGAACUUGGGUAGUUUAGGAGAACACCCCAUUAGACCCCGUUAUUCACCUCAUUUAUUCAUUAAGUUAAGGACCAGACUGGGAGUGUCUUACGAGAAUCGGGAUCCCGAAAAAUUCGCGAUCUCGAUAGCCGAGAUUCAAUCGAGAUCUCGUUUCGGUCCAGUAUAUUC